UUAUCAGUUCCACGAUUCACCUAGCAAUAUACACUGCUCAAAAGUGAACUAGUAUCUGUUAUUCAGUUGUCUACAGUGUUUUAAACGCGGUUGAAUAGGAAAAAAUGACUUGAUCGACUUAAAUAUUCCGUGCUUUUCAUUUAAGAACUCGCUCAAUGAAAAUACUCUAAUAUUAAAAACGGUGGUGUCUCCCGAAAUAUUCUGGUAGAAUCCGAAAAAAAUCUGAGCUGAAAAUGGAUGUCGUUCAAACAUUUUGUUGUUGCGAUCGAAGAAAAAGGAGCAUUUGGAAAGCGACCGGAAUAUGCAUUGGAUGGUUGUCUUUGAUAGCAAGCACAUGGCUUAUCUACGAAGUUCUACUCACACCAGCCUCACAGUCCACAAUCGUUUCGAUUAUUUAUAUAAUUCUCAUUUUGUACCUGAAUGUUAAAGAGCGAAUCUGUAAAUAUGUCACCAUUUUCCUGUGCGUUUUGAAUUGGCUAAAUUGUAUAAUGUGGCUCUAUGGAGUUUCUGAGAAUGUAAAGGAGUGUAUGCUUGCGAGUCUGAUGUGGUGGAGUGUCCAAAUUGCCUUCUUCUUGGUUUCCUUUUGCAUGAUCAUUCUCUUUUUCGACCUAUACAAAACACUGUUCGAUGUGUCAACGUGGGAGUUCGAACAUGUGGCUUUGGUUGUCUCAACAGUACUCUUCGUAUCAUUUUAUAUCAUCGCAUUCAUCUGUUUCAAAUCGCUCAAACAAGCAAGCUACAACAUUUCCAUGGGUCAAUCACUUCUGAACAUUUCCUACUCACCAUCCUCCGAAGAGCAAGAAGAUGAAAGCCACAAAAGUGAAGACGAAGAAAUGAAAUGUGUUUAAAAUAGAGAACUUACUGAGCGUUCGAUUUUCCAUAAAAAAUGCUCAAUUUUCUGAAUACUUGAUAGAAAAUGGAUUGUGUAAGAAUCUUACACUGUAAGAUAUAGUUCAAAAACAAUAAGCAAUUUCUACUAUUUGUACUUAUGAUUGAAAAUUGUAUUGGACGUUGUUUUGAGUUUGCAUUUUAGACCGUUUCAAUCAACUUUAUGCUUGUAAUUUAUCUUUCUUAAAUGCAUUUCAAUCAACAAUAAGGAGCUUAUCGAAUUCGUUCUAGAAUUUAUGCCUUGUUGAAUUGUUACCUCUUUCUAAUUUGUUUAUUUGAACGGAUAUACAAAGUUAACGUAGAUUAAGCUAUUGAUUCUCGAAAAAAUACAAACAAAUAACUUUGAAAUAAUUUCAAUUAAACGAAUACUUGAGUACAUUCAAAUCAAAUUUCGAUUAAAGUAAUCAUAAAAGUUGAGAAAGAAAUAGUUUAAAAUAUGAAAUUCAAUGAUGAAAUUUCUUUGUACGUUUAAAAUGAAACUGUGUUUUUUUUUAUCGAAUGACUCAGACUUCUCGCGAAGAACUUGGCGGUGAAACAAUGGAAUGAAAAUAAAUUCCAAACAUAAAAAUUGAAGUUGAAAUUCUUAUGAAAAAUAGUGAAUAAAACUAUGAACCCUUA